CAGUUCCAGCGCCGGACCCUGCGAUUAAACCUCACUCUUGUCACUUCUUUUCAACUCCCGAGGUCUCCCUGUAACACUACUAAGUAGUGGUGCGGAAAGAGCGCUGUGGGCGCAUUGCGCACCGCUUUCCAGUGAAGAGUGGAAGAUAUCACAGUCACCAGAGGCCACACGGCUCUGGGCUUCUGCUUCUGAUGCUGGUUGCUCACAAACAGACACUCUCUAAAAGUCUGUCUUUAUUGUAUUAGUGUUCUCUCUCUUCUCUUAUCUUUCCUUUUGACUGAUGCUAAGAAGCUUGGAUUUCUCUCUCUAACAUUUACUCUUUAAAUGGCCCUACUGUGGAAUACCAGUUCGUUCAACUUCAAAUGCAGAUUUUGCAGUCGAACCUGUUGAGCUUAACUAGGAUUUUCGGCAGCUUUUCGCCCUGAUUUUGUUGCUGCGGAAACGAUGAUUGCUAUCCUUCUGAUGUGAAGAAGAGGAAUGCCAGGUUAAGCUUGGAUGAGAAAUUCGAAAGGCUUCGCGUUAUGUAGAUGGAUCCUCCUUCUCUGAUCAAUGCUGGCUCUUUUCCCUCUGCGAACUCGUCAUCGUAUGGUUUAACUGAGAUUUGGCCGUUUCUGCUUAACGGAGGAGGUGGUAUGUUGGGAUUGCAGAGGAAUCAUUUCGACCAGAAUUUAGCUGGAUUUGUGGAGACUAUAGGGACUGGGAUUGUGAAUCGGGAUACGUCGGUCGAUGAGUCAACGGUAACGGAGCAGAGUGGGAGCCGUGGUAGAGCUAGAAGGAAGCGUAGAGAUGCGGUUUCGGAAGAUGAGUCGUCUAAGAUUGUUUCUACUAGCAGUGGCAAUGAAAUGCAGAACGAUUAUGAUGGUAAACGUCAAAAGGUCUCAGGAUCUGGAGAUGAAAAUGGUGAUUCAAAAGCUGACGUUGAAGCAAAUUCAGGUUCUGUUGAUAAACAAGCUGAACAAAGCACACAACCUACCGAGCGGCCUAAACAAGAUUACAUCCAUGUUCGAGCAAGAAGGGGUCAAGCUACUGAUAGCCACAGCCUGGCAGAGAGAGCUAGAAGAGAAAAGAUUAGUGAGAGAAUGAAGAUUCUUCAAGAUCUGGUCCCUGGUUGUAAUAAGGUUAUUGGGAAAGCACUUGUCCUUGAUGAGAUCAUUAAUUACAUUCAAUCUCUCCAGCGUCAGGUUGAGUUCUUGUCCAUGAAACUUGAAGCUGUUAAUUCAAAAAUAAGCCCUAGCAUUGAAGGAUUUCCUCCAAAAGAUUGCACAAACAUUUGAUACUACUGGAAUGGCAUUCAAUUCACAAGAAACAAGGGAAUAUGAUCAAGGAUCACCACAGGAGUGGCUGCACAUGCAGGUUGGUAGCGGUUUUGAAAGAGCAACAUAGUUCUAGGAAAUCCUCGUCAGUUGGCAAUAAGGGCAUGAAACAUCCUGUUUCCUCCAUCAUGAGCCAUGACUGUCAACAAAUAUUUCCCCAUGUCUUAAUUUAUUGUGGACCUUAUUAUUGUUUUCAACAUCUGGCAUGGAGCUGUUUCUUUCUUUAUGUGAGUGAGCUUAAAUUGAAAAUUUGAGCAGCCUAAAAUAUUUGAGCAGCCUCCAUUACUGUGUGUUAGAAAAUCCAUUCUUUUAUCUUCAUAUAUCAUCUAACAGGGUUCCCUUUUCUAUGUUGUAUCGGUGAACUGAAUAGUGAAUACAGAACUUUCUACUA